GGGCUUGCAACAUUAACAGUAAACAGUUGUUUAAUUUUAUCACUGAUUCUACUAUAAAUGAGGGUAAGUUGAGCAGGGAGCACGUCUUACUCAAUUGACAGAAAAAUGGCAGAUCAAAGGGACGUUAACAAUAUGAUCGCUCAGGAACAGAUUGAGGAUGAGGCUUUCAAGAAUAUGUACAUUUCUAAAAGACUACCAGAGGUAAUAAACUAUGAACGAGGUAUCAACAAUGCAAAGGAGGGUGAUACAGAAGAUUUAGCAUCCAAGAAGAUAGCUGGCUUCAAAGAGGAUUUGUCAGCAGUGGACAAACCAGACAUAUUGCAAGAUGAAGCUGCAAUACUGCAGGAGGAUGAUGUCAAUGAGGAUGAAGAAUCCAACUCAGAAAGUGAAUCAGAGGAAGGAGAAGAAGCGAAAAAACAAUUCAAGACCUGCGCUCGGCCCCGAAACGAAUCACCAAACAGUAAGAAGUUACGAAAAAAAGCCGUAAAGGAGGCAAAAGCUGAAAAACGAAAAAACAAAACAAAGAAACAAAUCAUAAACAUAUUAUCAUAUCGACGGGACUAAGGAUCAGGAAAGAGAUAGAUGUACUUUUUGUUUCAUCUUUAAAUAUGAGACUACCAUUUUUAACUGUUCACUUUAGG